CCUCCUCCUCCUCCUCCUCCUCCUCCUCCUCCUCCUCGCGGGCUCGAGCAAUGGCGACGGUGGGCUGCCCCUCGAUGUGGCGGCCCAGUUCGAUGCGACAAGCCGGCGCUGCACGCCUCGGUCCCUCGGCUGCUCGCCGCCUGGCCCGAGCUCGGGCGCAGCGAGCCUGCGAGGCCGCCCUGCGCCUUGCUUUCGGCUCCGGCGAGCCCGGCUCCUGGCGCGACCGGGAGGCAGCGGCGCGGCCCGCGCUGCGCUGCCUGUCAGCCCGUCAGCGGAUCCCGGGCGCCGCGCGGUUGCGGCGCAACGCAGCGUGGCACGCGGCUGAAGCCCCCGAGGGCGGCUUCGCCUCGGUCUCCUCCCCCGAGCUCUCUGCCGCGGCGGCAGGGCCCAGGCUCGAGUGGUGGACAGCGGAGCGGUCGGGCCUGGAUAUCAGCGACUCCUCCCACGCGAAGUUCGGCGACGGCGUCGUGGCCAUGGACGGUGUCCAAGACGAGUCCCUGCUGCAGGGGCUCGGUUUCGGGUCGUGCUGCAACUUCGGCAAGCAGCUUGAGCCGAUCGGGAGCUGGCUUGCCCCAGGGUCGUGGACGCCGCCCGACGUGGAGCUGGGCGUCGCGUUCGGGGACGGCUUCCAGGUGGCGCUCUCCCUGGCAGCUCAGCUCUUUGCAUCGGAUGCUGGCUACACCUCUGCUGACGCCGUCUUCUCCUCGGUCUGCUCGGGCAAGGAGGUGCAGGGCGUUAGCGACGGGCUCCAGAUGGCAUCAGCUUCAGCUCGGCCGUCUCCCAGUUCCGCCAGGGGAGGGUAUCCAGGCGCGCUCCAGAUGGCAUCAGCUUCAGCUAUGCCGUCUCCCAUGUCCGCCAGGGGAGGGUAUCCAGACGUGGCCGUCGGCCAUCACGUGGGUGCCGCUCGCCGCGGCCCAGGCUGGUGGCGGGCCCGCGCGGCCAUCGCCAGCGAGUGGCUGGGCGCCACGACGGACAUGAAGGGCGAUGCCGACGUCGAGGAUGUGCGUGCUCGGCAGUCACGUGCGUGGUGUCCUGUGGGUCUUCCACCUGACCCAGGCGAGGGGUUCUUGUUCGGUCCGCCUUCUUCAUCUUCGGCGUCGUUGUUUUCUUCUUGGAGUACUUGUUCUCCGUGAUUGCCCAUUUCAGGAUAUCCAGCUUCUGGGGUUACGGCUCGUGGCGUCAUAUGGCAUUGUUUUGUUUUCGCGUGCGGUGCUUUGAUUCCUGGUACGGCCUAUUUGUUGCGUUCUGGAGGGGCUCAGCUGUCCGACGAGAUCUACGGCGUGUGGCGUCGUGUGGCACUGGUUUUUUCUCGUGCGGAGCUUUGUUUCCUGGAGCGGCCCUUAUCGGCACUUUUGUAUGGGCUCAGCAGUCCGACGUUAUAUACGGCGUUACUGGGUUGCGGUUUCAGUUAUUGGAUAUCCUAUGAAAUGUUCGGCUUUUGCGUUGUAUUCCAGCAGAUGCUGGGAGCUACCGCUUUCCUGGGACUAUCACGUCUUCUUCGGUUUCGGCUACUCCUUCAUCACUUUCCUCAUUGACCUGAGGCUCUGAGCGCUGAUGUAAGAAAAUCCUCCUCCUCCUCAUCCGAGGGCCGGGCGCCGUCGCGGCCUGUGUCCGUUCGAA